AUGGCAACCUUUGAAGAGCCAAUUGGCCCACUGGCUGAUCUCUCCGAACUUUUGUAUGUCGUUGCCCUUCAUCAAGCUGAAAUCGAAUAUAGAGAAGAUGUUUCUGUGAAUGCAGUGGAUAUCUCGCUAUUCUUAAUAUCAAGAUACGGUGUGCAAUGUUCACCUGAAAAUGUGGAAAACAUCAUUUUGAAAGAUGUCGCAGGAAAGAAGAAUGGCAACGUCCUCGUCACCCAACAAGGUGAUGCCAACCAAGGAUCCCCUGAAACCAAACAUGAAUCAAUGGCAGAAGACAUGUCCAUCUUUUUGCGUUCCAAGUUUGGGGUAACCAUCCAGGCUGAGGAUCUGAAGAAGCUAUUGGCGGAUGAGAAGCUGACUCGGAUCAAGGAUGAGGAGAUUCAAGCCGUGGAACAACCAAAGGACCAAGUUAAGAAGGACUCCAGUUCUUCCGAAGUCCAAAAGUCAGCAGACGAAAAUGAUGACAUACAAAAAAUGGAUUUGAUGGAGCUAGUGGCCAUGCUAAUGAUACCUGAGUUCAGAAAGUUGCAGCUUUCGAAGAGUGAGGGUUCUGCCUAUAAGUCUUCUGAGAGUUUUGAUUUUGUCGUCAAUACCAUCAUUCAUGAUUUGGCUAGCUUUGGUAGUUCGAAACAACCAAGUCUUGAGGUUACACCGUCAAUGGUUCGGGACCUCUUUCUGCGCUAUGGAGAAAAUACCUUGGCCCAAGACAAGGAAUUGAUUGAAGAAAUGGUAAAGGCAGCAAGAACAGGCUUGGACGACAAUGCCAAGGCCUUCUUGGACAGCAGUACUUUUACCAAGGCACUUACGCAGGAUAUUCAGCACUACAAUGUUGACUCGGAAGGAUCUAUUUCGACGAACUAUGCCGAUGUUUUUGGCAACCAAAAUAUCACAAAGGAAGCGGAUGAAACAGGAUUUGUAUCCAAAUCAACAGCGGAAACCAUCGACUUGGUAGCCCACACCUACUUUUGCCGGAUACAAAUGAUGCUGAACUGGUUGUUCUUUGUUUUUACUUACUUUGCAUACAUUUACGGUAUGACUCCAUCCUUCUCGAAGAAUUGUGGAAGGUUCGAAUUCAUGUCGAGUUGGCCAGAGAACAAACCACAGGCUGGGUGCAAUAUUGCAAACAGUAUCUUGGAUUGGUUGAUUAUCUUUGGAUUGAUUUCUGUCGCUGGUAUGCUCUUUGUUGGUCUUGGGUCCAUUGGAAACAAUCUCAAACAGCACCACUUGGGACCAUCUCUCUUUGCCAUGGCGUUCCUGAUCUUUCUGACAGUAUACUUUCCGCUGACGUAUGGCCUCGUCGUUCCGGGCAAAGAACCUUCCACUUUCAUCAGACUGGUAGCACUAGCAAUGGGAUUCAUGACAACACUUGCCCGGCUACGGCUGAUGGCGAUCGCCUGCUUGACGAGUGUAAAUCCCUCAAUAGUACCUUUCACUUCGCUGAAGUCUGAAGCGGCGAUCAAGAAUUCUUCGGCACUGAAAGUUGGUAAGCUUCAAGAGAACGCAUUUGCGGUUCACGAAAAGUUGACGGAAUCGAGCGCCAUUCGGAGCUAUUUUGGACAGGCGCUUUCCAAUUUUUCCAAGCUAGAUCCGCAAUAUAGAAAGCGCUUCAAUGGGGAUAAAUGUCGACAAGACUUCAUGUCUGGGAGAAUCGUCAACGAAGAUGGAAUUUUCCUCAGUGGUCGACUCUUGUCUGGAAAUUUGGCACAAUUGCUUUUGUGUGUAGCCAUUAUGGGUUUCGGCGUCACUGCUACCCGAUAUGUGCGUGACAAUUUUAUUCCAAUGGAUGAGAGGGAGAAUAAGGUGGCUGAAAGCCUUGAGGCGGUGAUAUCACUUGCCGCAGAUCAAUCGUUAGUCCAAGAAGCUGUUGAUCGAACGCUCAAGAUUGUUGUUCUGUAUGUGGUCCGAGUCCUAUACUUUCUUGACAAUGCAGGCUUGUUGCGGCUCGAUUGUAUUCUUUUGUCAACCUUCCUGCAAACUUUUUGUGAGAGAGCAUUCUAUGAUGACGAAGAUGAUGGUGAUUUUGCAUGUUCCCUGUUCUCCAGUGCUCCGGAACAGCUUUGUGAGAGCCUUGACCCCAUCUUUAGACCCACGACCCCUCUGGGCAAAGCGGUGGAGUUUGACGGUUUUGUAUCUGUCAUCAACACUACAAGUCUUGUCGAUCCAUUUGCCAAAGCAGUAUCAGAGGCAAUGUCUGGCAACAUUGCAUCCCAAAUCAACAUUCUUUACCCACGGCACAGGGAUAUGGUAGUGGUACCGGUCGCAGUCGCAGCCGGAGUCGCGACACUCUGUUCACUAGUAAUCACCAUGCUCUUCCUUCUUUCCAUCACGGCGACUACUCUCAAGCUGAGAACUGGAGUCAUUCAGUCUGUCUGUGAUCCAAACAUGAGACGGCUAUACACACUCAAUGCGAAUAGUGGCAACCAAAUAUUUGGAAGCAUGUUUUGGGGGAUCAUCGCAUCCAGUGUGCUAGUUGGUGGCAUUGUUGGCUUUGUUGUGUUCAUUUCCAUGUGGCAAGUCACUGCGUACUUGAUGAUGCAAGCGGUCGCACUGUGUAUUGGCAUCUCCGCUACCUUAUUCUUCAAAUGGUUAAUCAAGAGGACCUGUCGCAGUAAGCUCUACCGAGGAUUCUAUCGGAACAAUCCGCUUCGUGCCAACCUUGCCGAGUUGGUGAAUGAAUCCUUCAAUUUUGCCACCAGCAUGGCAUUUGCAGUCAUUCGAAUGUUCAAGUUACUCUUUCUGGCUGCUUUUUACGUAGGUCGGAUCGAUACCAAGUUUCUCGCCCCCUCCGCCAACAAGUUCCUCGGAGGCAAAGUGCACAUUGACAUUUUCCCAGAUUUUUUCAUAGCUGACAUUUUGUCUACCGAGGCACACCGCCAUCCAUACAUGGAACGCUUGGGCACCAUGUAUCUGUACAAGCUCAAGUAUGGUGCAGAAUUUGCGACGCGAGCUGGGUCUGCGUGGAGGCUCUUGUUUGUGACGGCGCUGAUGCCAUGGUUGCAAAAGUAUCGCAUAGCUUCCCGACGAAUGAUCAAGGAAGAGUCAGGUAGCGUCCAUUCCGCCUAA